AUGUUGGGCCAUUUGUAUGUGUCUCUUAUACACUGGCUCUCGGUAUUGGCCGACAAAAGCUCAGAUUCGAGACACGCGACCGCGACAUGCUAGUCUGUAUCUCACUGAACAAGACCACGUUUCGUCUGCUUCACCUACAAAAUGUGCGAGAGGAUACGGUUGAAACGGCCCAUGCUGCCAUCGAGAGGCUUCUUGACGAGCUGAAAGUAUACGAUGAUACUCAUGACGAAGAUGUUUCUCCCAGGAGGGGUCUGUAG